AUGAGACCCAUCCUUCUUUCAGGCCACGAAAGGGCCCUGACCCAAGUCAAAUACAACCCCGACGGCGACCUCAUCUUCUCAGUAGCGAAGGAUCAGCACAUCUGCGUCUGGUUCGCACACAAUGGCGAGCGCCUGGGCACCUACCACGGCCACCAGGGUGCCAUCUGGACCGUCGACUGCGACCCGACCAGCACCAUCAUCGCCACUGGUUCUGCCGACAACACCAUCAAGCUGUGGGAGAUCAAAACGGGCCGCUGCCUCCACACCUGGGAGUUCCCCACCGCCGUCAAGAGGGUCGAGUUCAGCCCCGACGGCACCAGGCUGCUCGGUGUAACUGAGAAGCGCAUGGGUCACCUCGGCACCAUCGUCGUCCUUGAUGUCAAGCUUGACGUCGACGCAGACCAGAACCCCGAGAGGGCCAUGACCAUUGUCUGUGACGAGAGCAAGGCCACUGUUGCCGGAUGGAGCUACCUUGCCAAGUACAUCAUUGCCGGCCACGAGGACGGCUCGGUCUCGCAAUACGACGCCAAGAACGGCGACCAACUUCACUCAGUUCAGAUCCAUGACAUGGGCUCUGAGAUCAGGGACCUUCAGUGGUCGCAGGACCGCACCUACUUCAUCACGGCCUCUAAGGACAAGACCGCUAAGCUCGUCACUGCCCGGGACCUCGAGGUGCUCAAGACGUACCCUGCGGAUACACCUCUGAACAGCGCUGUCAUCACUCCUAAGAAGGACUACGUCAUCCUCGGUGGUGGUCAGGCCGCCAUGGACGUUACCACAACCUCGGCUCGCCAGGGUAAAUUCGAGGCCAGAUUCUACCACAAGAUCUUUGAAGACGAGAUUGGUCGUGUCAGGGGUCACUUCGGUCCUUUGAACUACGUCGCUGCCGAGCCAAAUGGCAAGGGUUACGCCUCAGGUGGUGAGGACGGUUACGUCCGUGUACACCAGUUCGACAAGGGCUAUUAUGACUUUAUGUACGAGGUUGAGAGGGAAAGGAAGAACAAGAUGGAGCAGGCACAGCAAUAA